AUGUCGAGCGGGAACGGGGAAGGAGCCUUCAAGCGGCCCCGGCCCGCCAGCCCGGGCGACGGCUUCCACACGCCGGAGAAGCGCGUCUCCGUCUGCCGCGCCGCGGAUCCCUGCGGGAGUCACCCGCGGGACUGGGGCAUCGAGCAGGUGUGCGAAUUCCUGCGAAGCAGCGGCUUCGAAGACCCGGAGUUGCUGCGCUGCUUCCGAGGUAAGCGGGGCGGGAGGCGGGACGAGCGGGACCGGAGAGCCGCUUCGCCUACGCAGCCUCGUUGCGCCGGGAAUUUCAACCUCGGCGGACCUUAAAGGGGGCGCCGGCUGAGGCGACGCUGCUGCCGCCGCCGUUUCCUCCCUCGAGCGGUUCCCGCUUCCUGACGCCGUGAGGAGAGGCGGUUAUGAAGUGGAUUGCAGAGCCGGGGCAUAACGGGCUCCGUCGCCUGAGGGCGGGCUUGGCUAGUCGUGGCUGCUGCUUUGAUUUCGCGGUGGUUCUGGAAAACCUAGGAAAAAGGAAAAUAGGAAUGAUCUCUGAUCGCAGGUCGACUAGGGGGCCGACGCAAAGAAUAUAUAUAUAUAUGCGUACCCUGGGGAGACUUGCUCUCCCGGUGCCCCAGAGGUUCGUCUUGGCGUAAGUUCCCAAAGGGGAAAGGCUAUUCGUUCUGAGGAGUAAGACCCAGGAUGGCUUGUUCUGAAGUCAAUGGCCAUAGGGCUACAGUAUUAUUAUUAUUAUUAUUAUUUAUUUAUUAUUUGAAUGUAUAUACCGCCCUAUACCCAGGGGUCUCGGGGCGGUUCACAGAAUAAAAUCAACAUUUAAAACUACAAAAUACGUAAUAAAAAUAAAAACGACAACCCAAUAAUUCCUCCCCCCUAACCCACAUUUUAAAAGGGCUGUAUGUAUUAAGAGUCAUUUGCAGCGCAGUCUACUCGGGAAUAAGGUCUAGUGAGCUCAGUGGGAUUCACUCCCCGAUAAGUGUGUUUAGGGUUGCUGCCUUAAAUCCCCUUUUCCUUUUAACUUGGGUUGUAUUUAUUUAUUUGAUUUAUAUGCCACCCUUCCUUCCAAAGGAGGAGCACUUCUUUCUCAAACAAGACUUUUAGUUAAAAAGGAUUGCAGGCCACCCCACUCUGACUCAAAUAACUCUACUCUGGCCUUUUGUCUUUUCAACAGGGAGGUAGACCCACCUGUUUGCCCUCUGGCACAGAGCCGCUGCUCUGCUUUGUUCCCUUAAUGAUCCAUCUUUAGCUGUCCAUUGGCAUUAACCAGCAUUGAUAUGUUCUGUCUCUACUUGUAAUGUUCUCAAAGAAUAAGGAAAUAACAUUGGAGGCACAUAUUCUAAUGGGGGAAAGAUACAUGCACCAAGUAUGUAUCAGAGGAUCGCCAAAGCAUGUGCCAUCAGGACACAACAUCAUUAAAGCUAGAAGUCAGGUCAUUUGUUUAUCCAGAUCUAAAACCCCCCAUCACUUUUAAUGCAUGCACUUUUGGGUUGGGGCAACUAGCUAAAAUGUUUUAAAAUAUUUUUCACAAUUCAAAUUUUGGUUCCUCUGUUUUCUUUUUGUCAGGUUUAUGUUGGUUAAAUGUUUAGUUGGGGUUGGCAGUUAAUUUUAAUUUGGGUAUAACUGUAAACUAUUUAUUAUUGUUAUUAUGUUUUUAGGAGGCUAAUUAGGUUAGUUAGCUUAUGCCCAGUGCAAAAUAUUUCAGGUUGCACCAAAGCAUACUUGCAGAAAAGAAAUUCUGGUGACUCUUCAUGUGAAAGUAUGAAUGAAUACUGGCUUAUUCCUGCAUUGCAGGCAGUUGGACUAGAUGACCCUCAGAGUUCCUUCCAACUCUACAAUUCUAUGAUUUGAGGAUGAUGAUGAUUUAUUUAUUAGAUUUAUACCCGGCACCAAAUGAGUACUAAUUGGAACUCAUGGGUCUCCUGUAAAGCAGGAAUCAGAAAUAAAGAAGAGUGUUAUCGUUCUUAAAUAAAAAACUAAAAUAAAUUUAGAUUAUAUUAGUUAUAGCAUCAAAGCAGCCACUUUACCUACUGUUACCUAGUGGUGGUUACAGAAACCGCGCGCCCCCCCCAUUUGUCUAAGGAGGGAAGCAUGUGCUCCAAGUAAUACCAAAUAUGGCUUCUAUUGAUUAUAUGAUUCUAUAACAUAUUAGAUAUAACUGUAGGGUCAUCUAGUCCAACCCUCUGCAAUACAGGAAUCUUAACUAAAGCAUCCGUGACAGAUGGCCCUCCAACCUUUACUUAAAAACCUCCCAUGAAGGGAGUAAUUUUCUGGUGCAGUGUGUGAUGCACAGUGGGCUGCAGCUGGAUAGGGAAAACAGGAAAAUUCAAUGGUGCUUCAUUCUAAUCUGUCUUUCUAUUCAUGUAAGACAUCUCUGGGUCCAAGAAUUGAGAAUAGCAUAGUUUCUUAAUGUUCCUUAUUUUUCUAGUGUUUUUCAUUUGUCAUCUGCCCAGAGAAUUUUGAAUUAUCAGGAAUUUCAGAAAUAUAAAUGUUAAGAGUAACGGAAUAAGCUAACUGUUGUCUCCUUAUUUCCUCAGGGAAAAAAAUUGCUGGUUCAUCUUUCCUUUACCUCACUGAAUCAGAACUUGAAGAAAUGGGAAUUGGGUAAGGGAAACUUAAAGCUAUUGACAUUUGAAUUUGGCUGCAAUCCUAUAUGUACCCUGGGAGUAAGUCCCAUUGAAUUUAGUGGGACAUACUUCUGAAUAGUCAUACAUAGGCUUGGACUGUUUGUGUUUCUAAUUCCUAAAUGGAUCAUUGCUAUAUUUAGUGCAUACCUUGAGCUUUGUACAUUUGCUAAAGAAAUAUAGUUUAGUGACCCUGAUCUUUUAUCAGCAGAGGAGGAGUGAAGCUGCCUCGAUUUCAACAGUGGUUCACAUUAAUCUGCAGUUCUGUUGCACCGAAGAUUUAAUGUGACAUGCAAACCAAGCCAGUAUGUAAAGCAUUUUCAUGAAAUCAGGAAACUGAAACAGGACUUGAACUUGCCAUAUUGUGUAACAUAAUUAUUACAACAUUAAUCAUCAUAACAAUGGAUGUUACUUUUUUUCUCUGCGAUCUCACACUUGACAGAUGUCACUAAAACUGUAUUAAAAGAAUACCUUUAAUAUUACCAUAACACCUCUAUUCAUACACAAUUUAUGAAAAACACCUUUUUACACAGAGGGCUACUGGAAUAUUCUGCAGUUUUGGGUAAUCAAACAUAUUUGUUGUUUAUGAUGCAGAAAUGCACCCCUUCCAGAAUGAUUUAUGGCACUGCAUAACAUGCUAAGGCAAACCUUGGUUUAGUGAGAUGGCACAGGCUUCCAGAGAGCUGCUUAUAGCCACUUUCUCCUCCAAAGUUCUUUUUGCUGUCAUGCUGCGGUAAGUCAAAAUUUUGCUUAACAUGUAAUCCAGACCAGGGCCCAUGGUUAGCCUCUCUACACCCUAACUAUUUGUUAUUGCUGGUGGUUAGUUAGGUGAGAGGUUAACCAUGAGCCCUGGUUUGGAUUACAUGCUAAGCAAAAUCUUUGCUUAGGUGAUUGUGGUAUAACAACAAAAAGGACUGGGAAGGAGUAAAGCAACUGUUAGGUUCUCUGCAGUAGCCUGCAUUUUUGCACAGUCUCAUUAAACAAGGUUUGCCUUUGCAUGUUGUUUAAAUGAGCUUUCCUAGACAAAACCACCAUCAAAUUAAUGAAGCAAAUAUAUGUUGAUGACUGUGUGUGCAGAAACAGAUGCACAAAUAAUGGAGCCUGUACAUGAAAAUGGUGUAUAGUCAUCUUCUUUUGUACCACAUUGGCAAAUAUUGGGUACAGAUUAUAGUUUGGAGAAAGUAUAUUUUAAAACCACUACAGUUUGACAUUAAAUCUUCAUGGAAUUGGUAACGUUUAAGAGUAUUCGAUUUCAGAUCUUUUGAAGAUCUUUUACUGAAAACUUUAAAAAAUGUUUGCACUGAACAGUAGCAAUUAACUUAAUGUUAGCGUCCACUAGAUUAUUUAAUAAAAUAUGGAACGGUCAACUUAUACUUGAUAACUUUCAGGACCGGAGUGAGACAGAACCUUCUGAAUUGUCUGAGCAAACUGGGACAAAGGCAUGUUGACAUAAUGAAGGUGAGAGAAGCAUUUACAUUAAUCUGAAAGCAAUCUUAGUCUAUUCCCAAAUCCUUUAUCCUUGAAAACCCAUGUGGAGGACAGGUUAGGGACCAAUAAUUUAUUUAGGUUAAUUACCAAUUUACCAAUGGCUGUAUGAUGAGACUAUUGAUUGUCAGGAGACUGGCACAGCUGAAUUUUGUUUAGCCUCAGAGACCUUGAGAUCAAAAGGCUCUCCCUCCGCUCCCAGGCCUCUCUUACGCAUACCAGGCUCCCAAGUUGUAAAUUACUUGAUAGCCUCCUUUACCUUUUUACAACCCAAUCCACACUCAGGCCCCCAGCUGUGCCAGGGUCUACAAAUCAGAUAACAUCUCAUCCUGUCUAGAGUUAAGAUGUAAUUGACUCACACCUCUGGAGAAGGGGAGUUUUACCUUACUCCUGCGUGAUCCAGCGUUUGACAUACCAAGAUUUUCCAACUUCACUACAGGGUGUCUUCUAGUUUGUCUUGUAUUUCUUGUGUUGACAAAGGUUUGUUAUUUUUAUAGAAGUCUACUGGACGAUAUAAGCCUUUGGUUUGCCAGGUUUUUAUCUGGAGGUUUUGUGCUGUGUGAUGGAAUAAUGGGUGGUAUGCCAGGGGAAUUAGUGGGGAUGGAGUUGGGGAUAGUUUGCCUAUUUGUUUUCCAUGCUUUGAGCACGGUCUGUGUGUACCUGUUAAGUGUUGUGCGAAUUUUCCUUAGUUUGGGAGGAGUGGUGCAGGUAUUCUGUGGUGCAGGUAUUUUCAAUUGUGUCCCUCUCUAGGUGUAUUCAUUGUUUUGCUCAUCUUCUAGUAUAUAUGGGAUUAUAUGGCAUAUUUGGUUGGCACUGUAAUAUGCUUCUAUGUUGGGGAUUCCCCAUCCUUCUUCUGAGGUAGGGAGGUGCAGGUAUUUGGGGCUUAUUCUUGGUUUUUUGUGUGAGAAGAUAAAGGAGUAGUUUUCUCUGCCAUUCGUGGAGUUGGGUUUGGGGAAUCCAGAUUGGGAGGGUUUGGAAUAGGUAGGUCAGUCAAUUGCUUUGAGGGGGAAAAUCACGUUUUGCUUGGUCAGAAAUUCUCCAAUGUUUUUGUUUUUUGUUUAUAGCUUAGCUCAAAGAACAAAUGUAUGAUUUUUUUCUGAAAAAAAUUAUCUGAAUCUGGACAAACUUCUUAUCACAUUUCAUGUUCUCAACAUCUAUUUUAUUUGCGUGUGCUACUUGUCAGUCAGUUAAGAAAUUAAAACCUUUUGUUUUAUGGCAGCCAUAUUGGUGGCAUCCGUCUGUCUCAAGAGACAGUGGAGUGUGCCUCCAGGGGUGAAGUCAAAUGGCUGUGUUAGCAGCAUCAAAGUGACCUUUCCAGGAUGCAAGCUUGGACAGUAUAUAUGGAGGUCCUUGGAUGCCCAGAUGACAAGAUCCCACUCUCAACCUCACUAAUGUGGUUCAAAGGAAAGCAGAGCAAUACAUUUGGAACCUGCUUGGCUGCAGGAGUUGCCAGAAGGAUGCAUACAAGGCGCCAUCCAACCAUCUUAGGGCUCCACUCUGGAUUUUGAGUAGGGUUUACUCCUUAGUCUUUUCUUCUCCCAAAGAUAUACCUCAAGUCAGUGGAGGAUUGGGGUCGGUUUUCCUUCUCCUAGAUCAACUACCUUCCCAGGUUGAUGAGGUCCAUCUGCCCCUCACUUCCCUCUACAACAUGUGCAGUAUUCACCUUCUUGACUGUGGGACCUAUUGGUCUUGUCCACUAAAUCUGCUGGAGCUCAUCUUGGCAUACAGGGGCAGCCAUAGAUGCUUUUCGUUAUCUGGUGAUUGUACUAGCUUUUGAGUACAGUGGUACCUCGGGUUAUAUACACUUCAGGUUACAGACUCCGCUAACCCAGAAAUAGUGCUUCAGGUUAAGAACUUCAGGAUGAGCUUCAGGAUGAGAACAGAAAUCAUGCUCCGGCGGCAGCGGGAGGCCACAUUAGCUAAAGUGGUGCUUCAGGUUAAGAACAAUUUCAGGUUAAGAACGGACCUCCAGAACGAAUUAAGUUCUUAACCCGAGGUACCACUGUAUAGUGAAAGCAAGUGAAAGUUAAAGUGUUUUCUUCUGGUGCUUUUCAUAUAUCUGCAAUAAUUUUACAUUUUGUUUUACAUCUUCCAGGUAUUUAAUGACCCCAUUCAUGGUCACAUUGAAAUGCAUCCCCUUCUUGUUCAGAUCAUUGACACACCUCAAUUUCAGCGUCUAAGAUACAUCAAACAAUUGGGUGGCACUUAUUAUGUUUUCCCAGGAGCAUCGCACAACCGUUUUGAGCAUUCCCUUGGGUAAGGCACAAGUUCUUUUUGCAGAUCUGUUUUUCUUGAACUGGUAUACGCCACCACUCAGGUUACUGCAGACUGGUUGCGCCUCUGAACAUAAGUAAUUGCAGUUUCAUUGAAUUCCAUAGCACUGCUACUUGUAACAGGGAGUCCUUGGAGCACCCCACAAUCGCCUAACCUUGACUCUCUUAGGUUCAGGUCGGGGUCACAAGCAAGAGACUUCAAAGCAGGACAUAGAAGCCAAAUAGCAGCCAAUAAGCCUGAUGUUUAUUGUUGCAAUAAACUACAAUGGUACCUCGGGUUACAUACGCUUCAGGUUACAGACUCCGCUAACCCAAAAUUAGUGCUUCAGGUUAAGAACUUUGCUUCAGGAUGAGAGCAGAAAUCGUGCUCUGGCGGUGCGGCGGCAGCAGGAGGCCCCAUUAGCUAAAGUGGUGCUUCAGGUUAAGAACAGUUUCAGGUUAAAUAUGGACCUCCGGAACGAAUUAAGUACUUAACCUGAGGUACCACUGUACUAAAAAGAUGAAGCAGCCAGAAGCCUCAAUCAGCGAGUUACAUCAGUAUUUCAAAGGUUCUCAUAAUACAUCUUGGGAUGCAUCACUAAGACAUCAUAGAUAUGUCACAGAAAAGGUGUGGUCUCAGAACCUGAGAUCCAGGCAUGCCCCUGUCACUCAAAUAUAGUCUUUCACACUUACUCCAUCACAGUAUAAAGGAAAGUAUUUACAGUUUCCACGUCCCUGAGUCAAGUCAAAUACACACCUUUGUCUUGACCAGACUUGAUUCCACUAUGGGGUGGUUAGGCAUUGUGAUUGAGAUGAUUAUCUGUCUGACACUCUUGGGGCAGAAUAUCAGUCAUGACUGCUUGGGAAGGCCCUGCAGACUCUUAUGGUGGGCUCUCUCACCCUUCCCCUUGUACCUCACUUCCCUGGAUCCUAAAAGCCAUUGGAACUGAGAAGAUUGAUACAAGUGAUUUCUUAUGAAUUUCGAAAGUUUUCCCAUUGAUCUAGUACAUAGAUACAUUUAUCAGUGAAUUGCUACAUUUGGUAUUGGCACUUUCCCUGUUUUCCUUUGUUGGAGACCUGUUACUCAGCGGUGAGUCAAGGCUCCUGAGCUGAGCUUCCCUUGCAGAUGCAAUACCUUUGCAGAUAUGUUGCUGUUUUCUCUUGACACUAGGGGAUUUGGUUUGACAGGUGAAAGGCAGGGAAAUGUGUGUGAGUGAAUGGUUUGGUAAUGUGCAGCGGAGACUCUUUUGUCUCUGCCUUGUGGUGUGUGUGUGGGGGGGUGUCUCUCAACCCCCCUUCCAAUUUCCCGGUAACAUACUUAACUUCCAUUAAAGGAGAUUUACAUCUAAUAUAUCUGUAAAAGUUAGAAGUACCCUUCAUCUCAUAUGCUGGUGUGUUCAGUAUUUGGUUUCGUGAGGAUGUAGGCUCACCAAACCCAAACUCAACUAAGUAAGCAGAUUUUCUGACACUGAGUUUUCCCACUAAAACUCACGAAUGAAAAGAAAUGCUAUUUGCUUUGACAGUAGGGCUGUGUUCUUGCUUGCUUGCUUUCCUAAGAAUGCACUUUGUUGGUGGAUAGAGAGGCCUGCUGAUGUGACUGGAACCUUUUAAAAAAAAGAUUUUAAGGCAGCAUUGUAUGAAAUUUGCAGGCAUAGUAAGAGAGGAAGUUUAAUUGCAUUUCCUCCCCUAGUUUAUUUUAAGCAAUUUCAGCCGAAGAGAUGUUUUUUCCCCAGUCUUAGCACUAAGCAUCACAGCACUGAAAUCAGGGAUAGACCACAGCCUGCCUUUUAAGAGUACAAAGCAGCUCCCCCCCCCACUUCAGUGCUGGUGGGGGUGGGGAAAGGCUGCCUUUUAACUUCCACAGAGCCUUCUCUGCAGAGUAAAAAAGCAGCAUUUAUAGUCAUUCUACCCUAGUGCUGGGAAUGCUGAUUUUGUAUGUGUGCACAUUUAUACAUGCAUGUUUGUGUGUGAGUGUAUGUUUGAGUUUUGGACUGCAUGUGUGAGAGAAUGAAAGUGUGUGCUAUGUCCUGUAUGUCAAGUGAAUGUGGGUGUUUGUGGGUAGUAUGUGUGUAUACAUUGGUCAAAGCCAUCACUGGCAUGUGGGCCUUGGAGAUGUGGCUGACCAGCAAUGUGGUCCUUGGAUCAGCCUUGCUCUAUAGGUUUGCAGUUCACGAGCUGAGUAUGUUUAGUGGUAUUUCACAAUAUAUAAUGUGGGGCAAGUUUUUAUUUUAUUUAUAACCCUAAAAUUCAAGAACUGGAGAGCUGAACCUUUUGCCUUCUUGCUACAGGGUCGGCUAUCUAGCAGGCCGUUUGAUCCGGGCACUGCAGAAGCGACAACCAGAGUUGGACAUCAACCAAAGGGAUAUUUUGUGCGUCCAGAUUGCUGGUCUUUGUCAUGAUUUGGGUAAGCCACUUCCCAAAUAUCUUAAUGAAGCAAUUUGUGCACACUAGGUAAAGAUGAACUGCAUAAUUCUUACUUUCAGGUCAUGGCCCAUUUUCACACAUGUAUGAUGGAAGAUUCAUCCCUCGUGUUUGUCCAGGAACUGCAUGGAAGGUGGGUAUGCAACCAGUUAUUACUGCUUUCUUUUUUAAAGGGAAUGCUGCCUUGCCUAAAAAUAUGUUAACCACAUUUAACAAUUAUAGUGUUUUAUAGUCAAAGAACCCAGACAUUUCCUGAAGUUUUUUGUUUUUUUAAAAAAGUUACCAUAUUGGUGAAAUAUAGUCACUAAAAUUCCUACUGUUUAUCUACCACUCUCUUCUGCCUUAGUCAGACCCCACCUGGAGCACUGUGUCUAGUUCUGGGGGUUGAGGGAGUUGGGUAUGUUUAGCCUGGAGAAGAGGAGACUGAGAGACAGUAUGAUAGCCAUCUUCAAUUAACUGAAUGGCUGUCACAUGGGACAUGGAGCAAGCUUGAUUUCUGUUGCUUUAGCCUUAGCGGGUAGGACCUGAACCAUUUGAUUCAAAUUACAAGAAAGAAGGUUCUGACUAAACAUGGAAUGGACUCACUCAGAAAGUGGUGAAGUUCAUUGGAGGUUUCUAAACAGGUUGGAUGACCAUCUGUCGGGGAUUGUUUACCUGCUUUGCAAGAAGUUGGACUAGAUGGCCCUUGGGGUCCCUUCAACCCCACAAUUCUUUGAAUUUUCUCAGUCCUUUCUUCUCACAGAGAUUAUGUUCCAUUAACCUUUCUAGGGUCUUCUUUCAGUGGCUUCUCUGCUUCAUUUGCUGUUCUAAGUACUUUCUAUUUUCAGCCAUCUCAGGUUAUUGAACAUUCCAUUGCUUAUCAGGAAUUAGUGAUUUCAGCAGCUGAGCUGCAGCAAGAAUGUGAAACUAGGAAACAACUCUUCUCCCUCCCUGCUGGUAUUUGUUUGCUAUUGCAGCAGUGGGAGAUCCAGCAUUAUGCUUGAAUGAGGGAACCUGAUUUAAAGAAACUCUGGCUUGUUUAACAAGCUAGUUAAAUUUGCUUUUUAUGGCACUUUAAAUAUUUUGUUUUAAACCAGAAUCCCUGGAUAAAAUCUGACAUUAAGCUGGGAUUUUGCAGAAGUGAAAAUGAACUCUGUUCAAGCUCCUGUGAGGGGAGCAGGAGCACACACACACACACACACACACACACACACAAUGCUUUGCUUCAGGCUCAUCCACCUGACAUUAAACCAUGGCGUAAUGUUGUCUUAAUGUUUUUGUAUACAGUUAUGAUGGCUUGUUUUGACAGCAUAUGCUUUGAUUAAUAAUAAUUAAAACUUCCUUUUUUGUAGCAUGAAGAUGCUUCUGUUAAGAUGUUUGAACACUUGAUUGAUUCCAAUGAUCUAAGACCAGUCUUGAAGUCUUAUGGUCUCAAGCCGGAUGAAGAUAUAGACUUUAUCAAAGAGCAGAUAGCAGGACCCAUUAAGACUGAAAAAAGCAGUCGUUCAGUAAGUCUUGUUCUCCGCUUUACUUCUGCUUUGUAAAUACUGUGCAAUUUAAUGGAAUAUAAUGCUUAAUAGUGUUAUCUUUUCUGAAGGAAAAUUGGCAGGUGUUGCAUGUGGGAGAUUCAUUAUUUUUUGUGAACCAUUGGUUGUUGAGCUUUUUAUAGAUCUUGGAAGAGGGGCCAUAGUUCAACAGCAAAGCAUACGCUUUGUGUUCAGAAUGUUCCACUCUGUUCUACCAUUUCCGGUUAAAAAAUGCACAGCAGCAGAGCUGGUUAAUACUUCUGCAUGAAGCUUUGGAGAAAUGUUAUGUGUUAGGGUAGAUCAAAGAAUGAUCUGAGCUGCUUCAUACUUCAUGCAAUUCUGUGCAUGUCUAUGCAGAUAUAAGUAUUGCUGAGUAAGCUUGCAAAAGACAGAGGUGCAUCUAAUGGUUCCAUUCCUUUUGGAUGAAGGGAAUAUUUGCAAGUGACACAGUAAGAGGUCACCCUGCAGUUUAUCCUGGAGAGCAGCAAAAGGCGCACCAUUUGCUUAUACUGAUAUUUGGAUAAAAGUGAAUUUUUAUUCAAUAAAUAUUUUUCUGUGAACAACUUUUAAAGAGUUAACUUCACAAAGUGAUGUACAAAUAUAAAAAUGGCAGCCACCAAAACAAUGCAAAAUAUGUUAAAAACAGCCAAACUUUUUAAUCAUCUUUAAAAGCCACCACAAAAGCAAGCACACUAUAAAUCAAAUAGUAAUACAGUGGUGCCCCGCAAGACGAAUGCCUCGCAAGACGGAAAACCCGCUAGACGAAAGGGUUUUCCGUUUUGGAGGUGCUUCGCAAAACGAAUUUCCUAUGGGCUUGCUUCGCAAGACGAAAAUGUCUUGCGAGUUCCUGCGGGGUUUUUUUUCUUUCCCCCCCCUUUUUCUAAGCCUUUAAGCCGCUUAUCCUCUUAUCUGAUAAGCCGAUAAGCCGCUAAAAGCUGCUAAAAGCCGCUAAUAGCGCUAAUCCGUCAAUGGGCUUGCUUUGCAAGACGAAAAAACCGCAAGACGAAGAGACUCCCGGAACGGAUUAAUUUCGUCUUGCGAGGCACCACUGUACUGUUUUUGCAGCCCAGUUCAAAUUAACUGUUAAAAGUGACUGAGGGAAAAAUGGGUUUCCAGGGUCGGAUUCAAAAUAUAAAGCUGGAGUUUGCCUAAUAUCACAUGGAACUGAAUUUCCUAAAUGUGCUGCUGUGGCCAACAAUGUCCUGUUCCGUGUGCUUGCCAAUCUGAUUGAAACCAGUUUUUCAGGAAGGAGUAGUACUACUUAGACCCAAACCAGACAAUUGACUGAUAAUAAUACCAUGGUCAACAGUUCAGGAGAACCAAUAGGGCUGUGCUCCUUGCAUUCAUAUUCCAGUGUAAGUUAAUUACCUGGCUAGCCAAGGUUGUUUCCAUCACAAAACUAGGCUGUGAUUAUCAGCUCCACCAAUUUGUAUCUCUUAUUAUUAAAGUAUUGGCAGUUAUCAAUUAAUCUGUUCCAGCAUGUGCAAAGAGUUCUUAGAACCCUGCUUCCUUGCCAGUUUGGUGCUCAGAGUAGAUUGCUUUAUUGUAAUGUAUUAUUUGCUUUUGGGUAUUUCCACCCCUGUCUCCAGUGGCCUUACCGUGGGCGACCUGAAGAAAAAGGCUUUCUUUAUGAGAUAGUGGCCAACAAAACAAGUGGCAUUGAUGUUGAUAAAUGGGAUUACUUUGCCAGGUAUGGACCUUGCUCAUUUUAAAGCAUUUGGAAGAUUUAUUUUAUAGAUAAACAAUACUGGGAAUAUUUUACCUAUAGACAAACCAAUUAAUAUCCUAUUGGUCCAAGUUAAAUGGGAUAUCUAUCUUAUCAUUAAAAACUCUUUAUCUUUAAAUACUAUAUGGUGUCAUACCAUAUAAACUGUAUGCUUGUUGGUUAACCCUGUAUUUUGUUAUAUUGAAAACUAAUAAAAAUACUUGAAAAAAAAUAUCUAAGUGAGAGAGCCAUGUAUACAGUAUGAGCAGGAUAUAGACUAUGAAUGAGGAACCUGUGGAACACCAGAUGUUGUACUCUAGCUCCCAUCAACCUCAGCCAGGAUGGCCAAUGGUUGGGGGUGGUUCAGCAACAUCUGGAGGGCCCCGUUCCCCCACCUCUCAUAUAGAGAGAUACCUAGCCCAGGUAUUUCUCUGUGUACAUGUACUCCAUGUACUUUCUAUGAUUUUAUUCUAUGGUCUUGUGUUGUUGUAAGCCGCUGUGAUAUAUUUUUUUGAUGCAGGGCAUAUGAAUAUUUUUAUAAAUAAAUUCAGUAUCUAUAUGCAGCUGCUGGGGGUGACCUCUACAAGAUUUGGGGCAAGGCAGCACCAUAUGCUGAUGAUACCCAGCUGUUUCUCUGUAACAUAUGAACCAAGAGAAGUCAUGCAUGUUUUAAACCAGUGCCUGGGCUAGAUGAGGGCUGGAUGGAAACCCUAUGGAUGGGCUGUUCAGCAGUUCUGAUGGGUUUGCAUUCCCUCUGAGGGUUGUAGUCUGGGGGUGCUCCUAGAUCCAUUGCUGCCACUAGAGGCUCAAGUGACCUCAGUAGCUCAUGGUGCCCACGACCAACUUCGGUAGGUUUACAAACUACAACUGUUUCUGAAUGAGGAAAAGAAGCAAUCCUUGUUGGAGAUAGCAACCACUCUCUGGAAUACUCUGCUUUGGGUAAUUCAUGAGGUAGAGAUCAUAAUGGCCCUUGAACAACUUUUCAGAAUAUAUUGCCUGUGUUUUCUGGACUGUGUCUGACUCUUAGUGUUUAAUUUUUUUGUUUUGUAGACUUGCUCAGUUUUAUUUGUGAAAUACAGCUGUGUUCUGUUUUUAUCACAUGUUUGUAUUUUUGUUGUUUUUAUGGAAACCACUUGGAGAUUUUCACUAUCUUAAGCAGUUUAAAUAACAUUUAGCAAUAUUUUUCAAACUAAACAGUGUCCCAUUUCAUACAUCACUUUAAACCAAACCAUGGCUGAGUGUUCGGGUUCCGAGGGAGGAGAUGGCAGCUGCUUCGCUCUUCUCUAGUUCUGCUGCUGUGCUGAGCUAAGCCAUGACUUGGCUUAGUGUGUCAUGCAGGCGUGUGUUUUAACUCUUUCCAGUGAGCUGUCACUUCAUUCUCUGGUUUAAGACCCUUGGUUUUUCCAGGAGAAUUCUGAGCCAAACUAUGGCUUAGUGCAGCAGAACAGCCUGGGAGGAGCAAAGCAGCCGCAGGUUCAUGCUAAACCACAAUUCGUCUGAAGAUAAUUGCAGUUGCUAUUAUGGAAGUGUGUCUGGAGAUUAUAUAUCUAUAUUUUGGGAAUAUGAAAAAUAUAGAGUCUCAACGAAUCCCCUGAGAGUCCUUUUACAUUAUUUAAAGAUGAGGUCCCCAGUGAAGCCAUCUUCCUGAUCCCUCCCCCUAAUUUUAAAAUGUCCCCCCUCCCUUCCUUGGUCCAUGCAACUCCUCAAUUUGUAAUUGAAUGACCUUACCUCCUGCCUGUUUCUGGAAUAUAUUUAGGGAUUGUCACCAUCUUGGAAUCCAGAACAACUUUGAUUAUGUACGCUUCAUUAAAUUUGCUCGUGUCUGUGAAUUUGAGGGAAAGAAGCAUAUUUGUACCCGUGACAAGGUAAGCUUUCUUGAGGAAAGUAGAGAAUGCCAAGUAAAGUAGUGUUGGCAGCUUGAGAACUCGCCGUUAAAUUUUUGUCAUUUUCGUUCUUCUAUCCCCCCCCCCCUUUUCAGGAAGCUCGGGGAAACACUGUCUCAUUUUGCUGUCACUCAGUGUUGAGAGGCAAAUUAACCUGAAAGCUAAUGUUUACACAAAGCCACCCAGUGAGCUUUAUGACUGUGGGUAUAAUGAGUCCAGAUGGAGAUAAACUUGCAGUCUGCUAGUGCUGCAUAAAUUGAGAAGUGCACCUCCAAGUGAAUAGGAGACAGUGCAAUAUAUGUUUUCUCUGUUGUUUGAGAACAGAAAGUUUGAGAAAAAAAUGGAUUUUGGGAGCACGAGGUAUUGGCCAAGCCAUUACCUUUCAUCUCAACCAGCCGCACUACAUGUAGGGAGUAUAUAGGCUUACUAUAGCAUAUGGUUGACCAUGUGGUGAUGGGUUGGAGUUGGUGUUUAAGGGCCAUAAAUUAGAACAUAAAAAGAAUCCUGCUGGAUCAGACUAAAAGUAUGUUGAAUUCAACCUUACGUUCUUGCCAUAGCCAGCCAGAUGCCUGUGGGAAGCCCACAAAAGAGAACAUGAGCAGAACAACAUUCCCCUGCUUGUCAUAUGCAGAGACUGGUUUUUAGAGGCAUACUGCUUCUGAUAAUAGAGUUAAUAUAGCCAUCAUGACUAUAGGUUUAGAGACAGCGGGUAGGGAAGGUUUGGAUUAUCAUGGAAGGCAGGUACAAAUUGUCGCAGUCUAUUCUCUCUAGUUCCAGCAUUAAUCCUCAUGCAUUUGGUUGCUCUACCACUGUGCUCCCUGGUCUGUGCAAGUCAAGUCACAAGCAAGGCAGAGUGCUUAAAAGCUAUCUUCACUCCGGGUCUGCUUAGCGUUGCCCAUCGCAAAAUGAGCUUUUAAGAUAUGCUUUGUUUGCUGGGCAAGGCCCACUCAGCACACGGGCUGUGCAAGGUUCUGGGCCGCUCCCACGAGAUAAUCUGACUUCCUGGGAGAUCUCACACAAGCAUGCAUAAUCUUCCAGAGCUGGCAUGUCGAACAGGCCUUGCCCAGCAAGUUAGACAGAGAGCUUAAGAGCUCUUUUCAAACCUGGUAACCCAAACGGCCCAGCACAAAAUGAGCUUUUAAGGUCUUGGCCUUGGUUGCUGGGCAAGGUAUGUUCAACACACUGGCUCUUUGAAUCCUGGGGAUGCUGUCUCUCACCCGCUUGCUGCAAGGCAGCUCCAAGGGUUGGCUGGCUAUAUGUGUGCGUAAGAUAAGGGAUUACUGUAUUUUCAUUAAGCGGAACAAACAGGAAAUGUAACCACACAAAAUUGUUUCAGUUACAAGCUUGUACAAGGCAAGGCUCAGUACAGAAGCAAGGAAAGUAUCCACCAAUUUAUGAGCAUUCUGCUCUCAUGCAUGCAAGGAAUCAUCUUAUCUUAAGGAUCCUGUGUUUCAUGCACUGCUCCACUUUCAAGUAGCCCCCAUGAGGCCUCUCCACAUAAGCAGAAAGUAAUCUUAAUUGCAAAAAUGAUUACUCUAGUGUUCUGGAAUACGUUUUUAUAUUUCUUGUGCAUGGAUUAUUUAGAAGGGUCUAAUUAUUUCUAUGUCCUGGAACCUGUUUUUAUUUUAUCCCUAGUUGUUCAGCAACAAACAUCCAAUUUGAGGAAUUAAAGUAGAAUUGGCAGAUUAAGGCUGCAGUUGUAUACACUCUCACCUGGCUACCGGGCUCAUUAAAUUUGAUGCAAUUUACUUCUAAGGUUAUACACAUAGGGUUGCACUUGGGAAGGCUCUUGAUACCAGAUAGUAAAUGCUUUUUCUAAGAAAAAAAUUUUUUUAGGCUAUCUUCUAUUUCUGUAAAAUUGCCCUUGAAUCCCUGCUACCCACUCUAGGGCAUUCUUAUGAGCAUUUAUGGGAGAGACUGUUUCAUGUAUUCCUGACCAUUAAGUGAAAGGAGCAAAAGUUUGCUGCCAGCAAGUUUUUUUUAUUUAUAACAACAUAUACCACUAUUCAUAAAGAACAUCACAGUGGUUUACAACAGUCGUACAUAAAACAAAAACAAACAUUUUGUGAAGUUCCUGCCCUGAAUGUUUCAUAAGUCUUGGAACUGUGGUUGUAAUAUAAAAGAUGAAUAAAAUACUGUUUUUAUCUUGGACUUUAGGAGGUUGGAAAUUUGUAUGACAUGUUCCACACACGGAAUUGCCUGCACCGCAGAGCCUACCAACAUAAAAUUAGCAACAUCAUUGAAACUAUGUAAGUAAGUGCAUGUUGAUAUGCCCUAGACAGGGCAGUAACCAAAUAAAUGCUAGCCAUUCUUACGUUAGUAGAUUACUUACAUUUGUAUGAGCUUGCAUAUUAAUUCAUUUUAAUAAUGUAUGACUGAAGGAGGAAUGCUUCUACAAUGGUGCUUGUCAGCUACAAAUAUUUUUUAAAGAAGUGUUGCCUGAUUUAUUUAGGGAUGUGUUUUAAUGCAACCAAUUUGAAUUUAAUUCAUUUUAAAAAAUUAAUUAAUAUUAACCAAUUGAUCAAUUAAAGGUUGUAGCCCUAGUUCUGGAGUGUCUCAUUGAGAAACUCUGUUGAAUGUCCCUGUCCUUCUCCUUAAUCGUUUUUCAAAGUGGAUUUUGAUGACUAGAAAAAGUUAUAUGGUUUAAUUUUUUUAUCAACUUUGGUGUUUUUGUAUUACUCUUUUUUAGCCAUAGAAAUAAAUUUCCAAGGCCAUUGUGAAAUCCUUGAUCUGGAGUUAAUAUUGAAUUUAUGGAUUCUUCCUCAUUUGUGUUGCAUGUUUCAUAUCAGGAUUACAGAUGCCCUUUUGAAAGCUAACCCACAUAUCCGCAUAAAGGGAUCUGGAGGGGAAGAGUACAAUAUCGCUACAGCACGAGAAGACAUGGAAGCCUACACUAAGCUAACAGGUAUGGGCUUAUUGGGCUGACACCUAAAUUCUAAUUGCAUCAAUUUAGGAAGUAUUUCUCUCAGGGUACCAUUUUGUUAUGGCACUUAAAUGAAACAUAGUGCAUUGCUUUAUGUAAAUGAAUUAUAUAUUCUGCUGUGUGCAUAUGAAGGAAGUGAAGUGUUUGUAUCACUAGGUCUGAAGAAGUAAUUAUUUAUUUAUAGUAUAAGAAACGGAUUUGUUCCCCUAUGGCCAAACUUCCCCCUCUCCCAGUUUUAAAAUUAUUUAAGGGGUGGUUCGUGAAAGAGAAAAAUAAAAAUUUCCUCCUUUUCCCUGUCUCUCUUUUUACCCCUCUGUAAGCCAUUAAGGAGCUUAUUAGCUUCGUUUAAUUUGAAUAGGUUGAUAUAUAACUGCUUAGGCAAAUUCUUUUUUUAAUCUAUUGCUCCUGUAAAAAUCUUGGUAGGAUGAGUAUGUAUUAGAUGGUGUUGACUCAAAACUGAAACCAAAAUGGCGGUUGACUCGGGCUAGAGCAGGGAUCGGCAAACUAAGGUCCCCAGGCCGGAUCAGGCCCACCUGCGUCCUAAAUCCGGCCUGCGCCGUGAAGCCAGAACCCGCGGCGAAACAGACUCCUGGCGAUGGUGACGGGAGGAAGAGGCCAAGCGGCGGUGGCUCUGAUUGGCAGAGAUAUCCCCAUGCUGCGCUGAGGUAAACCCAGGUGCGGUGUUUGAUUGGCAGAGCCGCCACCGCUUGGCCUCUUCCUCCCACCGCUGCCGCAGCCCUG